AUGAAUGUACACGAGAACCCUGAUGUCGAAACUGCGCAACCAAACACCCCGGUAGAGUCGAUAGUUGAUUCCCCAACCCCGAGUCUACAGCCAGUACAUGCUCAUAUGGUUAGAGCGAAACUUCCCAAGCUCAAGGUGAAGAAGUUUCACAGCAAACUCGAAGACUGGCAAGAGUUCUGGGAUGACUUCGAAAGUGUGAUCCACCGCAAUGGAAGUUUAUCGAAUGUCGAUAAAUUUAAUUACCUUAGAGCCCUGUUGACGGGACAGGCGAAAUCUGUGAUUGCAGGGUUUUCAUUAACAUCGGCAAACUACGAGUCUGCAGUGCAACGUUUGAGGAAAAGAUAUGGUAAAAAUACAUUGAUUAAAUGUACCCAUAUACAGGAAUUAUUGACUGUACAACAGGUGUAUAGUGUGAGAGAUUGUGGGCGUUUACGAGUAUUAUUUGACAAGAUAGAAACACAUUAUCAUGGACUGGAAGCCCUUGGUGUGGACGAGGCAACUUAUUCUGACAUUGUUGUACCUGCUAUUCUGGAAAAGAUCCCUGAAGUUGUACAUUUGACUAUAAGUCGUGACAAACUUCACAGUGACUGGAGUAUGAACGAUGUACUAACUGCCUUGGAGAAAGAAAUUGAACUGAGAGAGAAAUACCAGACCAAUCGCCAAAAGGAGAUGUAUAAUGGCAGAAACAAUGGUCCAUCCACAGGGAGUGUGUUAAAUGUUGUAAAACAAGACGAAAGCUGCGUUCUGUCAAGGGAAACACCACCAUGA